CUUUUGCAUAUUAGCAGUUAAUCCUGUUGUCGCAGCAAAAUGAUCUAAUGUCGUCUUAAUUUUCUUGACAGUAGGGAUAUCAGCACUCCACAUUAUGAUCAGAUCAUUGGCGAAACUUAAAUUAGUGAUUUUAAGUUUAGGAUAUUUCUUCAUAAAUAAAGUUAUAGAUGUUGUUUGAAUAUUUACAGUAAAUUGUGAGAAUCCAAACGGCAAAUUAGAUGGGCCUAACUUUAAACUGGUUGUUGGGUAAAGAAUGACGACACUGUAGAUCCAAUCCAUCAACCAACAAAACCAAUCGGGUAUGGGCAAACGGCAAAACGGCAGCAGCUGAAAAAAAGAACUUAUCGGGAGACGUGCCAAGAAAAGUCGCACAUCAGAGUCAAAAUCCAAUCAAUCAACUAAUUUCUUAAACCCCCGCUAAAAAGUACUGCUACGAAUCCAUUUUUCUUUUUUCCAUUUUAUUUUCUCGACUUCCCGGCAGAUCGUUAGUUCACCAGUGCUCCUCCGGCGCCGGCGACCACGACCAAGACUCAGUUGCGAACAAGCGAAUUAGUUUGGGAGUAUUGAAGAUGGCAAUGUUGAUAGCUUGUCGACGAGUAUACAGUAAUCGAUCAGCAACAUCAGCUACGACGACAUCGUUCUUCAGAUGGAUCUCUACCAGGACGGAAUACGAUACUUUUGGACCCAUUGAUGUUCCUUCUGAUAAGUUGUGGGGUGCUCAGACUCAGCGGUCACUUCAGAACUUUGAUAUUGGGGGUCAGCGAGAACAAAUGCCUGAACCUAUUAUUCGUGCCUUUGGCACUCUUAAAAAAUGUGCUGCUAAGGUGAAUAUGGAGUAUGGCCUAGAUCCCACCAUAGGGAAGGCUAUAAUGCAAGCGGCACAAGAAGUUGCUGAUGGGAAGUUAAAUGAUCAUUUUCCCUUGGUGGUUUGGCAAACUGGAAGUGGUACUCAAAGUAACAUGAAUGCCAAUGAGGUUAUUGCCAAUAGAGCUUCUGAAAUCCUGGGCCACAGUCGUGGCGAGAAGUUUGUGCAUCCAAAUGACCAUGUGAACCGAUCUCAAUCUUCUAAUGAUACUUUUCCAACUGUGAUGCAUAUUGCAGCUGCACGUGAAGUAAAUUCUAGGUUACUACCAAGUCUCAAAGUGUUGCACUCGACAAUGCACGCAAAGUCAAAAGAAUUCAAGGACAUUGUUAAAAUUGGGCGUACUCACACUCAAGACGCAACACCUUUGACUCUUGGACAAGAGUUUAGCGGAUAUGCAACACAGGUUAAAUAUGGCAUUGAUCGUGUAUCAUGCACCCUUCCUCGCUUGUAUCAGCUUGCUCAAGGAGGCACAGCAGUGGGGACAGGUUUGAACACAAAGAAAGGGUUUGAUGUAAAAAUUGCUGCUGCUGUGGCAGAGGAGACAAAGUUACCCUUUGUAACAGCUGAAAACAAGUUUGAAGCACUGGCUGCUCAUGAUGCAUUUGUUGAAACAAGUGGAGCCUUGAAUACAGUUGCUGCUUCUCUCAUGAAGAUUGCAAACGAUAUUCGGUUCUUGGGAAGUGGUCCGCGCUGCGGUCUUGGGGAACUUAUUCUUCCUGAAAACGAACCUGGCAGCAGUAUUAUGCCCGGGAAGGUAAAUCCAACUCAGUGUGAAGCCCUGACCAUGGUGUGUGCUCAGGUUAUGGGAAAUCACGUGGCAAUCACAGUUGGUGGAUCAAAUGGGCAUUUCGAGUUAAAUGUAUUCAAGCCUAUGAUUGCUAGUGCUCUUCUACAGUCUUUGAGAUUGCUUGCCGAUGCAUCUGCCUCUUUUGAGAAGAAUUGUGCAAGAGGAAUUCAGGCUAACCGAGAAAGAAUUUCCAAAUUACUGCACGAGUCACUCAUGCUGGUCACAUCAUUAAAUCCUAAAAUUGGUUAUGACAAUGCGGCCGCAGUUGCCAAAAAAGCCCAUAAGGAAGGAACUACUUUGAAGGAGGCUGCCUUAAACCUUGGAGUUCUGACCUCUGAGGAAUUCGAUCAACUUGUCGUGCCAGAGAAAAUGAUUGGUCCACUUUAUGAAGAAUGAGUACAGCAGGUUUAACCCAAUUUUUUUUAGAAUAAGGUGAUGGAGGAGCCAGGGAUAGCCCUUAUUUCAGAAAGAAUACUUGAGAUCUGAGAAGUUCUGUUCCAGUUCUCUGCACUACCCUAUAAGUUAAUAGGAGGAGAAAUAACCAAACAUUUUUGCGGUAAAAGCAGCGAACAGCUAUUUUUUCAGACAGAUGAGAUGCGGAUGAAAAUGACAUAAAUUAGCCUGAAUUGCAUUAUUGGCGCGGCUUUGUAACUCCAAGCUGGCAAAUACUGUUGAUUGAUUUUUCAUCUCGGUUCAUCUUAAAUGAAGUGACUGUUGAAUGGCAUAUAUUUAUAAUCGUUUCGUUUUUCUUUUUUUUUUUUUUGUUUUCGAGGAAGCGGUAAUAAAUUUUGAUUUGCUGUGCUUCUAUUUUAAAAUAUAUGUCAUUUUAGAAUUUGAUAAAUUUUUUUAUAUAUGUCAUUUUCACACAUUCAGUAUUUAUAAUGAAUUUUUAUUAUUGGUUUA